GUAAACGCCUGUUAAUAUUUAAGCUAUUGUAAUACUGCGAUUAUAACUGCCUGAGGCAAAUUUGAUAUUUAGCAUACAUUGGAAUUAAAUUGUACUCGCAGUGUUUUGUUUUGAACACCAGGACAUGAAAAGAGCGUUUUGUACUGUAGUAGCAUUAUUGCUGUUGAUUACAAACGGAGUUUCUUCACAAACCGUAAUCGACUAUGUGGCGUCGAACCUUGAAAUCAAGUACGAAGUUAUAUCAAACCUGGUGGGAGGGUUCAGCAAUUUUACAGCCAGAAUUUCAUUAACCAACCUUGGUAAUCAACAAAUAAGCUCGAAUGGCUGGGAAUUAUACUUUAUGAACAUCUACAUGAUUCAACCAGAUCAAGAGCUUUGGAAAACAACUGACGGAUAUGAGAUUCCAGAUUCGAAUUUUAGAGUUUAUCACAUCAAUGGCUGCGUGUUUAAAUUUGUGCCUACCCAGAACUUUGCUGGUAUCCCGGCAAAAAGUUCUGCCGUAAUAAACCUCGUUAUUCAAAACUGGAGCGUGGCAAGAACUGACAUGUUACCAAAUUGGUGGGUUGCUACCAGCGAUGGUGAACAAUACAAAACUAUUGAAUCAACAGCGACUGAACAAUUAGAAACAUUUACGGGUGAUUUUACGACCCCGGAACAAUGGAAAAGAUACGAGGAAGACCAAUUUGAUCCAUGGACUCCUUCCAUAAGAUGGGAUAGGAAUAACGUUGCCGAUCUAGGAUCUCCACAAAAGCUUGUGAUUCCAACUCCGAUAACAACAACAUCAACCAGCGGUGCUAAAAUACCAAAACCUCUCUCUGGUUGGCAGAUUGUCAAUUUGAAUAACAGUAUUUUAAAUGAAGCAAAUAUGCUGGGCGAAAAAUUGAAUCUUGAAGUUGUGGAUACAUUACCUGUCUCGAACGAAAUGUACGUGACUUUGGUGAUAAAGACAUCGAUUGAAGAUGACGAAUCUUAUAUUCUCAAUAUUGACGGAGAUAGCAAAACCAUUGAAAUUUCGGCAAAAUCUCCUGCUGGAAUUUACUAUGGAUGCCAGACAUUGAUUUCUGUUGUUGAAACAAAUUCCGAAAAAGAAAUAUCUUCAAUGAGAAUCGAGGAUUCUCCCCGUUACAAACACCGUGGAAUGCAUGUGGAUGUUGCCAGACAUUUUGUCCCUUACAAUGAUAUGGUCAAGCUGAUCAAGGUGAUGGGAAUGUAUAAGUUGAACAAACUUCACUUCCAUCUUACUGAUGACGAAGGCUGGAGGGUUGAGAUGUCAUGGUGUUCGUACCUCACCACAGUUGGAGCCACACAAUGUUUUGACUCGACAGAGCAAUCCUGCAUCAUUCCACAAUUCGGUUCAAGACCAGACGGAACCGAUCGAGGCUCUGGGUUUUAUACGAUUGAGCAAUACAAAGAUUUAUUGAGAUUAGCAAAUAGUCAUCACAUUGAAGUUAUUCCUGAAGUUGACAUGCCAGGACACGCCAGGGCUGCAAUUAAAGCGACUCAAGCGUAUUUACAGGCAGCAAGAGACAAGGAAAUCGAAGUCUCUGUUACCGAAGCUGAAGAAAUUCAAAUAUCGGAACCUAAUGAUCCCUCUCAAUACAUAUCUGUACAAAUGUACACUGACAAUGCGAUAAAUCCAUGUCUGGAAUCCACAUAUAAUUUCGUCGAAAAAACUGUGCAAUCGUUUAUUGAUUAUCAUCGCGACAUCCAGCCACUCCGCGUUAUGCAUCUUGGUGGUGACGAGGUAGCUUCAGGAGCUUGGCUUGAAUCAAACGCUUGUCAAGAUUUAAUCAAUUCCGGAAUACUUGAUCUGAAGGAACAUUUUGUUCGUAAAAUCAGUGAAAUUGUCAAAAAUAUCGACGAAAAUUUGACUCUUGGAUUGUGGGAAGAUGGGGCCAUGACCGAAAAUGAAAUGCCUUUCAAUAGAACGGAAAAUGGCACCAAAGAAGUUUUGGUUAACGCCUGGCAAAAUAUUUGGGAAUGGGGACUGGCUGAUAGAGCUUAUAAACUUGCCAAUGCGGGAUAUAAAGUAGUAAUGUCACAAGCCACACACUUAUACUUUGAUCAUCCUGAAGAACCAGAUCCAGAAGAAAGAGGAUUUUAUUGGGCAACAAGGUUUGCCAGCACAAAGAAGACAUUCGGGUUUAAACCAGAUGAUUUGUAUUCGAAUGUUGAUACGACCAGGGCUGGGAAACCUCUAACAGAGGACGAUAUCUGUAAAUGCGAUUUCUGUGAAUGUACCCCGCUAGAAAUCCCAGAAAAUAUCAUUGGAAUACAGGGGCAGAUCUGGACAGAGACGAUGAGGAAUUCGAGAGAAUUUUUUGAAGCUGUAUUUCCUCGGUUGAUCGCACUAGCAGAGCGAGCCUGGCAUAAGGCUUCUUGGGAAAGUGGUUCGACUGAUGAUAGCUUCGCUGAUGAUUGGAAAGAGUUUGCUAACACUGUUGGAUACAAAGAAUUUAGUAGGCUUGAACAAAAUGGAAUAUUGUAUCGGGUGCCUGUACCGGGGGCUAAGAUCGAAGGAAGUCUCAUUCAAUUGAAUUCUGAGUUUCCUGGGCUUGAUAUUAUCUACAGUACAUCCGACAAUCCACACCGAUGGUCAAAAUAUACGGUUCCAUUCGCAUAUACCAAUGAGACUUACUUGCAAGUUCGAUCAGCGGACGGCUCCAGGGGUGGUAGAAUUGUCUCGGUUAAACUACCAAGCAGUGGAACAAAACUACAAGCUGAUAAUAUUUUUAUUGUUCUUGUACUUCUCGUUUUGAGUUUCAUCGUCUUCUGACGAUUUGUGGCAUGCGUAAUUAGAAAUCCGUGUAUAUCCCGUAAUUAUUUUAUCACAAAAAUUUUAUCGCGUUUUUUGCACGUCAUGAGAAUUAGAUUACGAUCGAUUAAAAAUUCACUUCUUAGAUGCUUUGUAUCAUCCCAGUAUGAAACAGUACAACAAAACGAACAUGUACAUCUUCUUUGAGCGUAUUAUAUUUUAUAGGAAUACCGUUUGUCUUAUAAUUAAUUCAUUGUUGGUCAUUGUAACUCAUUUUCACUUAUUUUGAUUGAGAGUGAUAAAAAACAAAUUAAAGGCUAUUGUAUGCACUUUAUUCUGAAUCGAUCCCUAAGAUCAAAACUCCAAUGUUUGACUGUACCUUUCACACUGAUUAUGCAUGCCGCCACUCACUGUACUUUAGAAAUUAGUCCUACCAACCCAUGAAACACAAAAACUACAUUUUUUUGCGUAAAUGGUUGGUUGAAGCCUAAUUUCUGAAUAAAUAUAAUUAUUGCAUAAUUUAAUAUGCAGUUUAUGCUUUUGAUUUUACUGUAAAUAAACUCAAUUUUAUCAUGA